AUGACCCAAACCGAAGAAAUGCAAUUAAUAAUAGAAACUUUAUUCGCAAUAAUGGGAAAAUUAUCUUAUCAGUAUACAAAUACUUCAGGGUUUCAUAAUAAAAUAAUUAAUUCAAUUUCUGAUAGCUUCCGUACAAUAAAGAAAUUUACGAAAGCGUUGUUAACUGGAAACACUGGAAGACCACUGGAACUUUUACUAUUAGAAAUUUCCACUGGAAGGCUAGAAAUUCUCACUGGAAGCCAAAAUUAA